GUGCGUCAUCACGCCUCGGCUUACGUCGAAUAUACGUCGUUCUUUCGGUCUGGGCUGUAAAUUUUGUUGAAGAAAACAUGGCUCUUCGGGCUCUGACAGGUGACGGUGAUGACCUGGAGGAGCUGUUGGAGAGGGUCAUACCUGACAAAGAUUACCUGUGUAGUCCUGACAGGUCACCACCUCUGCCCUGGGACAGGUUCGCUGCCUGGGUUCACUGUAUUUGCGUAGUUGGAUUCGACCUGGAGCUGGGGCAGGCUGUCGAAGUCAUAUAUCCUCCUCAUGCAAAGCUAUCGGACAAAGAGAAAACAAGCAUUUGUUACUUAUCCUUCCCUGACUCCAAUUCAGGUUGCCUUGGAGACACACAGUUUUGUUUCAGAAUUCGCCAGUCACCUAAUAGGAGGAACUCCCUUGAUUGCCUGUUGGACCAAUAUGAUAGAGAUGCUCCUGUUUAUUUGAAGAAAGAUCCUGCCCAUUACUAUGGCUAUGUUUAUUUUAGACAAGUUCGUGACAAAACCUUAAAACGAGGCUACUUUCAAAAGUCUCUGGUGCUGCUCAGUAAACUUCCCUAUGUUAACUUUUUCCAUUUCCUGCUGAAGUUGAUUGCACCAGAAUAUUUUGACAAAAAUGAGCCUUGUCUAGAAGCGGCCUGUAAUGAUCUAGAUCGUUGGCCUGCACCAAUCCCAGGAAGGACACUAAAUCUUCCCACAAUGGGGGUGGUUAUAAAGGCUAGGAUUCCUACUGGGCAAGACAAACCUGGUGCAACACAGAUAAUACAAUCUGGAGAUGAGACUGACACACAAGUCUCUUUUGCACUCCCUACAAUCCAUGAAGUAGACUUGUUCAGAUGUUUUUGUCCAAUCUUCUUCCACAUUCAGAUGCUUUGGGAGCUUGUGUUACUAGGAGAACCUCUUGUUGUUAUGGCACCAUCACCUGCUGAGUCAUCUGAAACCGUUCUGGCCUUGGUUUGCUGUGUUUCACCGUUGAAAUAUUGCAGUGAUUUCAGGCCUUACUUUACUAUCCAUGACAGCGAAUUCAAAGAGUACACCACCAGAACUCAGGCCCCACCAUCUGUGAUUCUUGGAGUGACCAAUCCUUUCUUUGCCAAAACAUUACAACACUGGCCUCACAUUAUCCGAAUAGGGGACAUGAAACCAGCGGGUGAUAUUCCAAAGCAGGUCAAGGUGAAGAAAUUGAAAAAUCUGAAGACUUUGGACUCAAAACCUGGUGUGUACACUUCCUAUAAAACUUUCCUGAGCCGAGAUGAAGAGAUAAUAAAACAAGUGCAGAAGGGUAUACAACAAAAACGUCCUUCAGAAGCACAGAGUGCAAUUCUUAGACGUUACUUCUUGGAACUGACACAAAGCUUCAUCAUUCCAUUAGAACGAUAUGUAGCCAGUUUGAUGCCUUUACAAAAGAGUAUUUCACCAUGGAAGAGUCCACCUCAACUAAAGUCUUUCAGUGAAGAAGAGUUCAUGAAGACUCUGGAAAAAGCAGGACCACAACUCACUUCUCGGUUAAAGGGAGAUUGGAUAGGUCUCUACAGGCAAUUCCUGAAAUCACCAAAUUUUGAUGGUUGGUUCCGGUCAAGGUGGAAGGAAAUGACACAAAAAUUGGAGGCAUUACACCUUGAGGCCUUAUGUGAUGCAGAUUUACUGAUAUGGAUUCAGAAGCAUACAGAAGUUGAGGUGGUGGAUCUGGUAUUAAAGUUGAAAGAGAAAUUGGUGCAAGCCAAGCAACAUUGCCUCCCUAUAAAACAAGACACAUUGGAGAAACUGCAAAUGCACAUUGAAACAAUAAUUUUAUCAUUGCCAGAAGACCUACAGAGCAUCUUGCUAAAAAAUUGCACAACAUGAUUUUUGCAACCUUCCCCGAAGAGCACUUAAUUAGAAACAGCACAAAAAAAAACACUCCAGAACAGUAUUGCAAAAAAAGGGGAAGAAAAAUAUCCUAUAAUGCUACAGAAAAUUGGAAGACCAAGUGGAUUUUAGUUGGUGACCUUUUUGAGAAGAUUCAUCAAUACGAGUGUGAUUGUAUGACAAAGUGGAGAAAUGGAAAAAGUUAACAAAUCACUGUUUAAACUGUGUGUUUAUUUAUGAAAUGUCUAUGAUUAUUUUUAACAAUCAAGUUUCACAAUGUGGUGCUGGUAGCUACCAUUGAUGAAGUUGGUGUCUACAUUGUACUACCAGUGGAAAACAACAAUGGGAGUUUUACUACUAACAUUUGUACUGCAACUUAUGUACUGAUAUAAAGGCUGUGCAAGUACCAGUGCUGGUAUUUUGCUUAGAUGCAUAUUUUAAUUUGCUUACUUUUUUAUAUAAAUGUCUAUUCUCAUAUGAAUUAUGACUAAACCAACAGUAAUUUGUAGAAUUAUACAUAGUUGUAUUUAAAUAAAUUGUGAUCUAACUUUUAAGAACAGGAUAUUCACAGGCACAUUUUAAAUAACAAAAAUAUGACUCAGCAUCAUUAUUUUUACCAAAACACCUUGUCAAUAACUAUACAAAAUUUCUAAUAAACUUUACACUAUUUUAAUUAA